AUAAAGCAUUGGAUCUUCUUGUGCAUUUCUUGUCUUACUACGGGGGAAAAUGUCCGGAAGCCCAUUCCCAUUCCCCGAUUUCUUGGGGGGAGUGGUAGGCAGCUCAGGGGAAGGCGAAGGAAGCGGAGGAUCAAGCCAACAGCAACAACAACAACAACAACAACAACAACAACAACAACAACAACAACAACAACAACAACAACAACAACAACAACAACAACAAACAACAACAAAUCUGUUCAACAUACCAGCGGAGACCGAAAGUCAAGGUCAACAACAGCAAGAUCUCUUUUAUCCGAAUCCAAACCCGGGUCUGUUCAGCUCGAGUACGGCGCAAUCGACAAGCAAUGCCCCUCUCCCCUACGAGACCCAGGAUGACCAACAACAACAGGAGACCGGAGGGAUUGCAUCUGGCUUCAUCUACCCGGCACCCCCUCUACCAAUUGGGCAGUUCCCGCCAUAUGACCAAGUAGACAGUUACUAUCAGCUAGAGCAGCAACAACAACAACAAGAGGCGGAGGCACAGCAGAACCAGCAAGGCUACAACCUCCUCCAGUGGAACCCGGGCACCAACAGCCAAGCGCAAGCGCAAGCCCAAUUCCCCCCUCAACAACCAGACGGCAAGCCAGGCCGCUUCACAGCCCCGAAAUGCAAGGGCUGCCGAAUCAAACACCGCCUCUGCACGCCGGUCCGGCCGUGCCUGCACUGCCAGGAGACAAACCAAGAGUGCAUAGAUGAGCCGGCGAGCAGCAAGCGCAAGUUCAAACAACUCGCCGACAGGGAAGGCGAUUCCACGGACGAAGAGGCCGAAGCAGCCGCAGAUCCGUCCUCCUCCUCGUCGUCGGGAGGGCACCGGGCCAAGAAGCAGAAGAAAUUCGAGACGCUGUCGGGCCCCUGCGACUACUGCAAGGCGCAGAACAAGGACUGCACGGCCGACCACGAGCGGCGCAUCGAGUGCUCGCAGUGCACGACGGCGCGGGCGCGCGAGGACCCGGACCACGGCUGCGUGGUGCAGGGCGUCGAGUACUGGCGGCUCCGCAACAAGCACACGCGGAACAACUUCGUCGACAUCCCGCGCCUCACCAAGGUCCGGACCUUCCGGUGUCAGGGGUGUAACCGGUUCAACGGGCUGCGCAUGUGCGACGUCGACCCGGAGGUGCGGAUCGGGUGUAUGGUGUGUCGGAUUCGGGGCGAGGUGUGCGUGUAUGAGUCGCAGCUGCAGUUCAUCGACCAGAACCAGAGCCAGAACCAGAACCAGAGCCAAGGCGAACAAGGGCAGCAGCAAGAAGGCCAGCGGAGACGAAUCACCAUGUGGCGCCGUCCCACGAAAGAGACCUUCGGCCUCGCCCACCCCGUCUUCUGGCGCCGUCGCUGCAAGCACUGCACCAUCAAGAGAUCCUACUGCUCCUGGACCGACGACGUGCGCCUCACCAUGGCCAAGUGCACCACCUGCGUCGACGACGGCGUGCCCUGCUGCGACUACGAGGACGACUACCGCGUCGUCGACCAGGUCUGGAGCACCCCGCUCCCCGGCCGCGGGCCCACGGUGCCGCGCGAAGGGGGCAGCUGCGUGGCGUGCCAGUUCACCGCCGACAAGAAGUGCAAGGUCUGGGCCGGCUUCGAAGGCUUCGCCUGCGUGCGCUGCACCGGCUGGGGCCUCCCCUGCGUCCCGCACCACCAGGCGCCGAACCAGUGGGCCAUGAUCGAGGACGACGUCGCCGAAAGCGUCGCCGCCGUGCAGCUGCGCUACGUCGACAAGGAGCUCGUCGGCUACGGCACGGGGGACCGCGACGACAUGGAGUUCCCCACCUGCGGCGCCUGUGCCGACCACGGCCGGUAUUGCGACCGCCAGCGCCCUUGCGACAGCUGUACCGAGCACGGGGACCAGUGCGACGUCCUCGCCCCGUCGAACGAGCCGCACCUCGCGCCGGGCACGUUCCACCGGUCCAAGCUACAGGAUUCCGGCAUCGUCCCCGUCGACCGGCUCCCUCCGCCCUAUUACAUGGCCCUGGGCUACGGGCCGGACGGCGUCAACUCGGACCGGAGCGAGAUUCCCGACGACAUGCUCGUCGGUCCCCCGUUGCCCAUCUGGGGUGUCUACGUCCCGAGGGGCGAGCUACCGAAUUUCGCCAAGAGCGCGAAGAAGAGGCAGAAGAAUUGGACUUCCACUCACGCACUGCGUCGGGUCAGGCCGAGGUUGUACGACUGGCGGCACAGCAUGGCGGGGAACACGGCCCAGCAGGACGGCGGCGGCUUGCGGUUCGGCCAACAGGACCCGUCCUCCCUCCCUCCCCUGGAUCUGGCUCUGGAUCCGCAACUUGAUUUCGGCCUGACUCCUUUGCCCCCGGGUGAACCCCUGGUUUUCACCGGCGACGGGUUCGAGUCGGGGAUGGGAAGCGUCCCACAGCAGCAGCAGCAGCAGCAACCCCAGCCGGAGGAGACCAACGUCCCGACGCCACCGGUCAACGCCGCCGCCGGCUCCCCAGAUUCCGCCAGGUCCAACAUCAUAGUAGGCGGCGGGGCCGCGUCGCAAGGCCAGGAAUUCGUCGACUGGGCCGAGGCCCUAAACGACAUGGACAUGACCGACGCCGACGGCCUGGGCGACUGGGUAAACGACCAAGACUGGUUCAACCCCUUCGACCAGCCUGCUUCUUCUUCGCUGGACCCGCUGGUCCAGGACGCAAACGACGACAGGGACAGGGCCAUCGCCGACGAGCUCAAGCUGCUCAUGCAUACCCGGACCUGCUUCGUCGCCCUGCACACGGCGGACCACGCGCUGCCCUUCGACAGGGAAACCGGCAGCAUGUUCCAGGUUCCCGAGCCCGAGGUCGUCCUCCUCCAGAUGGACGAGCAGGAAUCGGCGGACGCGGCUAGCCGCCACCCGUUCGUGAGCCACCACGACAACGCCGUCACGAGCGAGCAGCGCGCGCGCCACUUGCUUACGCAGUGGAAGAAGCCGGGCGUCAACGUCCUCCGCGACAUCCCGGACGUUCCGGACUUGGGGACCUACAAAUGGGGGGACUGUGAAGAGCCCAAGACCCAGGGCCAGGGGCAGGGGCAGGGGCAGGGACAAGCCGGCAUCAACACCACCAACACACCACAGCCCUGCGGCACCGUCUGCCUCGAAUCCCACGUCUGCGCCAGCCGCCAACACAUCGCCAACCAAGACACCUACGCCAAGGUCUGCGACGGCUGCCACCGCGAAAGCAAGCAGAACGUGCUCGAGGGCCCCGCGCGCCUGGAGAAGGGCGAGCUGCUCGACAUGCGCAGCUACGCCUGCGGCGACUGCGCCGCCGACGAGCUGAACAAGGGCGGCGUCCAGCUCGCACCCCACCCCUUGACGGGGUGCCGGUGCGGCGAGAAGCUGUUCGGCCGCCGCCUGUGUUCCGCGCACCGCUACCUCCUGGCCGACCGGCUCGUCAUGCAGACCGCGCUCGUGAAGGAGUGGCAGCUGACCAACUUUGCGGCGGACCAGUGCAUGUUUUGCAAGAGGCGGCGCGGCGCGGCGGGGGGUGUCGGCGAUGCUCAUGGUCGUGGUCAUGGUCAUGGGCAUGGUCCUGUUCAUGGGCAGCCUCCGUUGCAGCAGCAGGCGCAACAGAUGGGACAGGGCCAGAGUAACAAGGACCCGUCCAUCUUCUUCUGCCUCAACUGCCAAACCCGUGUUGUCGAUCCCGGGGAGAACGCGCCCACCUUGUUCCCCGGCUAUGAGGCUUGGCAUGACAAGUGGUUCCCCGAUUCUGGACUUGGUUUGGGCGACGGUUCUCUGGUUCGAAAUCCAACCGUGGCCGUCCAUUAAUGGUAAAGAUGAGGAGGUGAUCUUGCUGCGAGGGAGCGAGGAGUCGGCCGGCGUUCAGGACUAGGGAUGAAAAACACGACCCGAGACAGGUCAGGGGUGAAGUGACCGGAUAGAUUUGGCAUGGAGCAUUCUUCUUUGAUCAUCUGUUAGCAU